AUGCGGCCCGGAUUCGCGGCCGCUUCCGCGUUUGAACGGCGGCGCCUGCUGCUGACGUCAUCACUCCCGCCGCUUCCAUCCCGGCCUUACUUCCGCGUUCGGGAGCCCUCGCUUCCACGCCUGCGCGGCGCGGCAUCGGCCACACCUCCUCCGACCCCGCGGUUACCCCGGCAACGCCGCUCGCGGCUCGAGCCGCUCCUGCCAGCAGUGCAAUUCUUUCGGCUACUGCAGCUCCAUCGUACGAGCUUUCGGCAGCUACACCUCCUACCAGCUCUGUGUCCACACAGCCCCCGUCUGCACCGCAGCCACAGCCGUGGACACACAGCAGGGACAUUUCAACAGGCCAAACUAAGGAAGCACAUCCAAAACCCCCGUGCUUCGGAGUUGGUGCAUUUCCUCUUCGGGCCACUGGAACUGAUCAUCAACAGCUGCGGUGGCCCCGAGCUGGCCCAGUCUGUCCUCAGCCCGCUGCUUUCUAAAGACGCCACCGAUUUCCUGAGAGGACACCUGACACCCAAAGAGAUAAACCUCUGGGAUUCCCUGGGGGAGACAUGGACCAGAUCCAGAGCCGAGUGGCCCCGAGACACGAACAUCCCCACCUACAUUCCCAAAUUCCACAACGGCUGGGAAACGCCCAUAGAAAUCUUCUGUGGAGCUCCCUGGGAAAUAGACAUUGGACACUUGCAAGAGGAGGUUAGUCCUCUUUCCCCUUUCCUGGUAACACUGACUCCAUGUCUGCCUUUCCAGCUCUCUUCACUCAAGCGUGGCCAGACGGCUGAGCAGACACAGGUCGGGGAUGCCUUCAAACAGAACAUCACUCCACAUGGAAAUAGGAAUUUCGAGGCCCAGGGGGUGGCUGUGCCCAAGAGAUUUGCCAAGAUCCGCUACGAUUUCACCGCGCGAAACGCCAAUGAGCUCUCGGUGCUGAAGGAUGAAAUCCUGGAGGUGUUGGAAGAUAAUAAGCAGUGGUGGAAGUUGCUCAACCGGAGUGGGCAGGCCGGUUAUGUUCUGUACAAUAUCCUGGAUGUGGUGAAACUGGAAGAGCUCGAACAGGUCUGUCGUCAGUCUAACCAGAGGUACAAAGGAGACCUGAGCCCCAGGGGCUAUGGCCCAUCCAGCCCAACCCACAAGCUGCCUGCCAGCUACGCCGGGGAUAAGCGGGGCAGUGAGAUGUUGUCGCGCUACUCCGCACAGGACGCCAAAGAACAACUUAUUCACCAAAUGGAUGAGCUGAACGACGAGCUGCUAGAGAAGAUCACAAACAAUAAUCAGCCUCCCCACAGGAAUUUCAAAGUGGAAAAGCCUCAGCAAGUUUUUGUGCCCCUCACCUUUGAAUCCAGCACUGAAGAAGUUAAAGCCUGGCUGGAGGCCAAGUCAUUCAGCAAAGAGACCGUGGAACACCUGGACAUCCUCACCGGAGCUCAGCUCUUCUCCCUCAACAGAGAGGAGCUGAAGAAGGUGUGCGGUGAUGAGGGAAACAGAGUCUACAGCAAGAUCAUAGUGGAGAAAAAACAGCUGGAGCUCUACUUCUACAGCAUUAAUUAA